AUGCCUCCAAAACUGAAAGAUCCAGGGAGUUUCUCCAUUCCAUAUGUUAUAGGCAAAUUUGUUAUUGAUAAAGAAUUGUGUGAUCUAGGAGCUAGUGUGAGCUUAAUGCCCCUCUCAAUUGGCGAAAGACUAAACCUAGGAAACCUAAAGCCAACAAAAAUGUGCCUUCAAUUGGUCAAUCGCUCAAUUAAAUAUCCUGUAGGUAUCCUGGAAAAUGUCCCGGUAAGAAUUGGGCAACUAUACGUUCCUACAAAUUUUGUAGUAAUGAAUAUGAAAAAGGACUCAAGCAUUCCGAUUCUAUUAGGAAGACCAUUUUUAGCCACUGCAGGAGCAAUAAUAGAUGUAAAGAGAGGAAAGCUAACCUUCGAAGUAGGUGAGAAGAAUAUUGAGUUUAUCAUAUCCAAAUUCAUGAAAGGGCCUACCAUAGACGAUACUUGUUGUGUCAUAGACAUCAUCGAUGAAUGCGUGAAAGAAUUGGAGAUGGAGACACCUCAAGUUACUAAAGUCCUAAAAAUCCCAACAUCACUUAUAUUCGAAGAUAAUGAAUGGAGUGAACCAUAUGAGGAUGACAGUUUGAGAGAAUGUCUCUCACUUAUCCCCGAUCAUAUGCCCGACCCAAAGCAACCAACUAUAUAG